AUGAGCAUUCCUUCCAGUCCGUCCUCCAAACCGCCAAGCGCCCACACAGACCUCCAGGCCACGCGGUACAUCCCGCCAUGGACGUCUCCAUACAUCAUCGGGGUGGCUGGGUUCUCUGGGUCGGGAAAAACGACUGUGGCCCAGAAGAUCAUCGAUCAGAUUAACGAGCCCUGGACCGUCUUGUUAUCAAUGGACAACUUCUACAAGCCUCUGACGCCGGAACAGCGACAACAGGCGUUCCGGAACGAGUACGACUUCGACGCGCCGGAGUCGGUCGACCUCGACCUGUUCUACAACUGUCUGUUGUCUCUGAAAGAGGGAAGGAGAACAGACAUCCCAGUUUAUUCGUUUGUGUUGCACGAUAGAACAGAAGAGAAAAUCUCCAUCUACGGCGCCAACGUGAUCAUCGUGGAAGGCAUCUACUGUCUGUACCAUCCAAAGGUGCUGGAACUCAUGGACACCAAGAUCUACGUCGACACGGACCUGGAUAUCUGCUACUGUCGCAGACUGUUGCGUGACAUUGUCGAGAGAAAAAGAGACAUUGAGGGGAUCAUUCAGCAAUGGGACACGUUUGUGAAGCCCAGCUCGGUCAACUGCGUGCGACCGACGUUGAACAACGCCGACGUGGUCAUUCCGCACGGCUCGGACAACCUCAUUGCCAUUGACAUGAUUAUCAAACAUAUCAGGAUGCAGUUGAAACAAAAGUCAAUAGAUCACAUGAGACAUCUGGAAAGUCUGGGAAAACACAUCGCCCAGAUCGACUACACCAGCGUGACAGUCUUGCCGAAGACCAACCAGCUUCUGGGAAUGAAGAGCAUCAUUCUGAACCGUGAGACCUCGAACGACGAUUUUAUUUUCUAUUUCGACAGAAUAGCAAGCAUAUUGAUCAGUGAGGCUCUGGAACUCGUGCACUACUCGCCGUCCACAAAGGAGAUCUUCACUCCCAUUGGAACCAAGGUCCAGGACCCAAUUGUGCAAGCGCAGGAGGUGAUUGCUGUCAACAUCAUCAAGUCAGGUGACUGCUACAUGCGGUCGCUACGGCGGAUCAUUCCGCAGGCUGCUGUUGGAAAAGUGCUUAUCCAGUCGGACUCGCAGACAGGCGAGCCCCAGCUGCACACAGAGAAGCUGCCGCCGUUCAGCUCUGGGUGCAAGGUGCUGCUUUUCGACGCUCAGGUGAUCUCAGGAGCAGCAGCCACCAUGGCGGUGAAGGUGAUCCUGGACCACGGGGUGUCGGAGUCGGAGAUUGUGCUGGUGGUGUACUUUGCCACGGAGACAGCCAUCCGGCGUGUUUUGGGCGCAUUCCCGCAAGUCAAGGUGGUGGUGGGCGACCUGUCGAGCGCGUCGCCCAAAGACGGCCAGGACAACGAGUCGGACUGGUGGAUGAGUACAAGAUUUAUUGAUGCCAGAUAUUUCGGGACGGACUAG